ACACGAACCAAACGGGUCCUUACCAAUGUAUCUUCUCCUUGUCUAUUUAAUACUUGCUUUCUAGAGAAAAGAGAUGAACUUGUAACGUCGUUUUGAAAGCAGAGCCCUCUCCCUCACUAGUCUCAAGCAUGUCUCAGGCCUUGGAAUUCUAUCUAUUUUUCCCGACGUUUCUCUGCUAUUUUGGGUUUCGUUUGCAAGAAAACUCAAAUCCUUGCCUCUUGUUUUAGCUUUGUUUAUUUUGUGACUGUAAUCCCCCAAAGCGAGCCCUUUUUAUAUGGCGGAGUUUCCUCCGAAUUUGGACGAUGGGGAAGUGUGGCUUCCCUCCGAUAUGUUUCUCAACGAAGUAGUGCCGCCUUCCCGUCUCAGCAACCGUAACUUCUCUUGCGUGGACGACCUCGCUGAACGUUUCGCUGCUUUCACGUUGCUCCAGCAUCGCCGAAACGUUUCCAAUGCUCCCCGCAAUCUGUCCCCAAACAUUGAGUGGUUCAGACCGGAGGUUCAAAAGUUCGGUGCGAUUAGUCGUGUGCCGCAGGAAUAUAUGAGCCUCAACGGCGGUUUUGAAAACACUGGUCGCGGUCUAUGCGGGUGCGGAGCCAGGCCCUCCUCCCCAGUAAACAAACUGCUCUACGAGUACCAGCUACUGCAACCAUCUCAACCUAAGGCUGUUGUUGACGGCUUAAGCGCGAGAGUCCGGCGGACUCAGCAAAACCGCCUUCAAAAUCGCCUUUUGCCGUUUCAGGGAAGUACUGGGUUUGGGCUUAGCGGUGGUUAUGUAAAAGAGUCUGGUGGUACAGGGGUCUUCAUUCCCCGUAUUUUGAACACCGCCACCACAAGUGCCGUCGCUAGUGAUAUAAGAAAGCGAAAGGUUCUGAGAAAUGAACAGAAGAUUCAAGUAACGGGGAACUCCCUCAAAGGAAUCGAUGUAGCCAAACAAAGGGAAAGUCAUUGCUAUCUUCCUCCUGAGAUGAGUUUGCCUCAAGACUGGACUUACUGAACUCAUCUACCACAAACUCGUUUUUUGCUGCAACACUAUCUUCUGGCUUGAGGAUGAUAUUAAGUAGGAGCUCCAGGAAAGAAGAAUGGAAGGUCAAAAUAAUCUUUUGGGUAUCGCGCAGUAAAGCUAAAGAAAGGGAAGUUUAGAGAACUUAGGUUUGUUUUUCUUCCCGAUGCUUACCUUUGUAGAAAUAAAUAAAUAAGUGCUUGUAAGGUUGUCUUUGUACGUAGGAAAUUGAACUGUUUCCUCAGCUGGGAAGUUUAUUAGUAGGCUAAUAUCAUAUUAGUAGGAAAAUGAUAAAUUAGUAUAAUAAUUUGAUGUUUCUUGGAA